AUGGCUGGAAAGGAGCCGACGAGCACCAAAGCGAACGGGACGGAGGGCCCCGUGCUGGGCAAGUCGGGCAAGCGGAUCUGCUGCUCGUGCCCAACGACGAAGAAAGCGCGCGAUCUGUGCGUUGUGAACAAGGGCGAAGACCACUGCAAGGACGUUAUUGAGGCGCACAAGGCCUGUUUGCGCAGCGAGGGCUUUACGGUCAAGUAG